UUGAAACGUCAAUGAUAACCAUAACGUUACAUUAAUAAAAACACAAUUUUGGGAAUAUAAAAGGGUUUUUUAUAGUUGUUUUUUCAAAAUGAUGAACCCUCAGCCUUAUUAUGGCAUACAGAGUACUGCGGGUGCGGUUCCCGUUCGUAAUGAAAAAGGUGAAAUUUCUAUGCAAAAGGUGAAAGUGCACCGCUAUGUGUCUGGAAAAAAGCCUGAUUACGCCCAAGACGUGCGUUCCGACAGCGACAGUGACGAUGAUGAUUUUCUGGAGCGUCGCAACCAGCCCCAACAACCCCCCACGCCGGAGCCCUCACACAGCGACGAUGAAUUGAAUGAUCCCCGUUUGCGUCGUUUGAAAAUUGCUGAAGUGGAAACCGAAGUGAGACCCGAACGGCGACGUCACGUUGUAGAACCAGAAGUGUUGGAAUCCUCUGAUGAAGAAUCUGAAAAGGAACAAAUCAAUUUACCUGAACAUAAGCACACAUUGGAGGCGGGUCCUGAUGACGAUGAAUCCGAAGUGGAACUUAGUGAUAGCGAAAUCGAGAAACGGAGAGAAAUGAUGAAAAAAAGGAUGCUGGAAAAGCAAGAAGAGGAGUUUAUGGUGAAGGAAGAGGAAAAGUCCGAGUCGUCUGAAGAGUCGUCAGAGUAUGAAGAAUACACAGAUUCGGAAGAAGAGACUGGUCCAAGGUUGAAACCGAUUUUUGUAAGGAAGAAAGAUAGGAUAACGAUAAUAGAAAAAGAGAAAGAAGAACAGAAGCAGAAGCUACAAGAAUUGGAAGCCGUCAGAAAUGCUGAAGAAAGGAGGCGACAAACGUUACGACUUGUUGAAGAAACAAUCAGAAAGGAGCAGCAAGCGAAAGAUAAAGAAAACAAUGAGCCAAACCUUAACGACGUUUGUACAGAUGAUGAAAACGACGAAAUUGAAUAUGAAGCGUGGAAGUUAAGAGAGUUGAAAAGAAUCAAAAGAGAUCGCGAAGAACGUGAAGCUAUAGAAAAAGAGCGACUUGAAAUUGAAAGAUUGAGAAACAUGACGGAAGAAGAGAGAAGACUUGAAUUGAGAUUGAAUCCCAAACAAGUAACAAACAAGGCCAUCAAAGGGAAGUACAAGUUUUUGCAGAAAUACUACCACCGUGGUGCAUUCUAUCUUGACAAGGAAGACGAAGUUUUCAAGAGAGAUUUUGCACAAGCAACUUUGGAAGAUCACUUUGAUAAAACCAUUCUGCCAAAAGUCAUGCAAGUCAAGAAUUUCGGACGGUCUGGAAGAACGAAAUAUACACAUUUGGUUGAUCAAGACACAACACAUUUCGACUCACCUUGGUCAAGUGAAACUUCACAAAAUCUCAAAUUUCAUACAACGCAAGCAGGGGGUGUUAAGCAAAUUUUUGAGAAGCCCUCGUUGAAAAAAAGGAAAACAGAAUAAACAGUUGGAAUUUCUACUUGUAAAUAAUUACUAGGUUUUUUAGCAAAAUAAGUUUUUUUAUUUAAUAACAAAACACAAAAUUCUCACUUUUCACAGAGACUGUAAGCAAUGUGUAUAUAAACUAAAUUAACGUCAACGUAAUGUAUUGGUAUUACACAAACGUUGAAAGCUCACCUCAUUUAAAAAAAAUUGUGAUUUUAAAUUAAAUUGUUUUAUGUUAACCAUCUUUAGAAGCGGUAGUGAAUGGUUAGUUAAAACAAUUUUAAUUUAAAAACAAUUAAUUUUUGGAAUCAGAAGUUAAUACUAACGAGCUUUAAUAAAAUUUUUCAAAAAUGAACUUCAAAAUUCAGUAUCAAUGUUAGUUAAAUUAAAUACUUUUUUGUAAUUUAAUAGUUUAUGAUAUAAAUUUUCUGUACACUUAACGAACUAAUUUAACUAACACUGAUGAAAAAAAGUUAUAAAUAUCCACUACUUAAGAGCAGAAAAUAGAAUUUUUUAAACAAUACCUAUAAAGAAACUAAAUCUUAAAUAUAAGCGCAUAGUAACUAUUCGUGCGUUAGAAUUAUAACUAUAAUUUUAAAGCACGAAGAGCAAUUUUUGCAGCAGCCCUUUUUGCCAUAAUCUUGUUAGUUCCAAAUCCAUGUACUCGUUUCUUUCUACCUUCACACAUAAAGUCUAAAGCAAC